AUGGGCUGCGUGCCAAGCUCCAGGGUAGUGCUUCUUGUCCGGUGGCGAGCUGAUGCACUUGGGAAAAGCUUUGUCAGCCCCGCGGCUUUGUUAGCCCCGGCCUGGUUAGCGAAGGAUCGCGUCUGCACACGCCUCGGUGCUGUGGCCGGGGAAGUGACGGGAGAUGCCAAAACGGAACAAAAACCUGGUGAGAAAAAGAGGGGAGUGAAGAGACCACGUGAAGACCAUGGCCGUGGAUAUUUUGAAUACAUUGAAGAAAACAAGUACAGCAGGGCCAAGUCCCCUCAACCACCCGUUGAAGAAGAAGAUGAACAUUUUGAUGACACAGUGGUGUGUCUUGAUACUUAUAACUGUGACCUGCAUUUUAAAAUCUCAAGAGACCGGUUUAGCGCUUCCUCCCUGACCAUGGAAAGCUUUGCUUUCCUUUGGGCUGGAGGGAGAGCCUCGUACGGAGUUUCCAAAGGCAAAGUCUGCUUUGAGAUGAAGGUUACAGAAAAGAUUCCUGUUAAACACCUGUAUACAAAAGACAUUGACAUACAUGAAGUGCGAGUUGGCUGGUCACUGAACACAAGCGGAAUGUUGCUUGGUGAAGAAGAAUUUUCUUAUGGGUAUUCUCUAAAAGGAAUAAAGACAUGCAAUUGUGAGACCGAAGACUUUGGUGAGAAGUUUGAUGAAAAUGAUGUGAUCGGAUGUUUUGCUAAUUUCGAUGGUGAUGAAGUGGAACUCUCGUAUUCCAAGAACGGACAAGAGCUUGGUGUUGCCUUCAAAAUAAGUAAGGAAGUUCUUGAUGGGCGGCCACUCUUCCCACACGUUCUCUGCCAUAACUGUGCAGUUGAGUUCAACUUUGGUCAGAAGGAGGAACCUUACUUUCCUGUACCUGAAGAGUAUACCUUCAUCCAGAAGGUUGCCCUGGAGGACAGGGUCCGAGGACCAAAGGGACCUGAGCAAAAGAAAGAUUGUGAGGUGGUGAUGAUGAUUGGCUUGCCUGGAGCUGGCAAGACUACAUGGGUUACUAAACAUGCAGCAGCCAAUCCCGGGAAAUACAACAUUCUUGGGACAAAUACUAUUAUGGACAAAAUGAUGGUUGCAGGUUUUAAGCGGCAGAUGGCGGACACUGGAAAACUUAACACACUGUUGCAGAGAGCUCCACAGUGUCUUGGAAAGUUCAUUGAGAUUGCAGCUCGUAAGAAGCGGAAUUUCAUUUUGGAUCAGACAAAUGUGUCUGCAGCUGCGCAGAGGAGAAAAAUGUGCCUGUUUGCAGGCUUCCAGCGCAAAGCAGUUGUUGUUUGCCCAAAAGAUGAAGACUACAAGCAAAGAACACAAAAGAAGGCAGAGGUGGAGGGAAAAGAUCUUCCAGAGCAUGCAGUUCUCAAAAUGAAAGGGAACUUCACACUGCCAGAGGUAGCAGAAUGUUUUGAUGAGAUAAUCUAUGUAGAGUUGCAAAAAGAAGAAGCUCAGAAGCUUUUGGAGCAAUAUAAAGAAGAAAGUAAGAAAUCUCUCCCGCCAGAAAAGAAACAGAACACUGGCUCAAAGAAGAACAAGAAGAGCAAUAAAAAUCAGUUUAAUAGGGGUCAGAGAGGGCGUGGAGGAUUCAACAUGCGGGGCAACUUCAGAGGAGGAGUCCCUGGCAAUCGUGGUGGAUACAACAGGAGGGGAGGCAACAUGCCUCAGCGAGGCGGUGGCGGUGGUGGCGGCGGCGGUGGCAGCAGUGGGGCAAUCGGCUACCCGUAUCCGCGUGGCCCUGUCUUUCCAAGCAGAGGUGGCUUCACAAACAGAGGAAACUAUAACAGAGGUGGCAUGCCCAACAGGGGAAACUACAACCAGAACUUCAGAGGAAGGGGAAAUAAUCGUGGCUACAAAAACCAAUCUCAGGGCUACAACCAGUGGCAGCAGGGUCAAUUCUGGGGUCAGAAGCCAUGGAGUCAGCAUUAUCACCAAGGAUAUUAUUGAAUACCCAAAUAAAUGAACUGAUACAUAUUUCUCCAAAACCUUCACAAGAAGUCGACUGUUUUCUUUAGUAGGCUAACUUUUUAAACAUUCCACAAGAGGAAGUGCCUGCGGGUUCCUUUUUUAGAAGCUUUGUGGGUUGAUUUUUUUCUUUUUCUUUUUUUGUACAUUUUUAAUUGCAGUUUUAAAGUGAUUCGUAAGAGAACCUCAGCAUUGUGCACGAUAAGAGAAUGUGUCAGUAUUUCAGGGUUCUACAUUUUAUCUGUAAAAUGUGACUUUUUUUUUUACCACAACAAAAGUAAAACGUUGCUUUGUACCUGGUGUCUUUUUAUUAAAGAAUUUUCUCCUUUUUCCCCAUCCCCCAAUUUCUAAGAAACAGUCGUGAGUCGUGUCACAAUACAAAUGUUAGCAACCAGAUGCGUACGGAGGCUCCUGAGCAGCCCUCACGAACACCAUGCGAUUCUGUAAAGCUCCAUAUUACACUCCAUCCUCUCUAUGAAGCUGCUGGGUGGGGAGGGGAGGAGGGGAGGUGAAAGUUUCUGGCAAUAACUAGGACUUUUUUGUAACAUUUGGAACUCAAAUGAGAAGUCGGGGGCAAAGAGGUCACCUGGGGCUCAGUAGCGAAGGUGGAGUGUAUGUAGAAGCUCUCAAAGUUGUAAAACUUGGUUGCACUAUUUGUGGAGGCUCAAACUUGUGAAGGUACAACACCAUAAUUUUUUUCCAUUUGUUCUGCAUUUUGAUUCUGAAAAGAAGCUGGCUUUGCCCAUUUCUUAUUAAACAAAA